AUGGAUGCAAUCAUUUCUGCGCUUCUUGGUGAUCUUGUCGGCAGAGCUAUAUCCUUCGUGGUCGAGAAGCGCCAUGAGCAGACAACCGCUGAUGAGUAUCUGCAGAGGCUGCGCCAGCUGCUUCUGAGGAUAAGUGCCGUUGUCGAGGAGGCCGAGGGACGGUGUGUCACUAACCGGGGGAUGAUACAUCAGGCUAGCACGAUGAGAGAGCAAAUGUUCAGAGGGUACUACCUUCUCGAUGCCUUCAGAUGCAGAGAGAAGAAGACCGAUGACGAGGAGGUGAGUCUCUGCUCGUUCGUUCAAUCCAAAUUUAAUCCGGCUAAGCGCUUUCGUCGCCUUUCUAAUGACACCCAAAUUGGGAGCAUGGAAUUUGGUAGAGACGUCAGUAAGGAGUUGAAACAUGUUGUUCUUGUCCUGGAAAGAAUGGUUGCUGAUAUGAAGGAGUUUGUUAUAUUUCUGAUGAGCUACCCUCGCAUGUACCGCCAACCUUAUGGUGCAUAUUUAUUUUUUGACAAGUGUAUGUUCGGCCGCCAAAUGGAGAGGGAACAAGCCAUCAGCUUCUUGCUACAAGCUGAUCCUCUAGGGGCUGGGGGUUUGGGUGUCCUUCCAAUCGUUGGUCCUAGACUUAUUGGGAAGAGCACUCUUGUGGAAUAUGUUUGCAAUGAUGAGCGUGUGCGCAGUCACUUCUCCUCGAUCUUGCUCUACAGCGGAAACAGCCUUAAAGAUGAAACGGUGAUGACUUUUAGAGAUCAUUGUGUGAUCAAGCAUCAAAAUAUUGCAUCAGGUAAUGAAAGGUCAUUGGUUGUUAUUGAGCUGGUAGGGGAUGUGGACGAAGGAGCGUGGAAGAGGCUGAUGCACUCUGCUGAAAGAUGCAUGACAAGUGGGAGUAAAAUCAUAGUGACUAGCCGAUCAGACAAGACAGUCAGGCUUGGAACAACAGAAGCCAUCAAGCUAAGUUGUUUGUCUAAAGAAGCUUACUGGUAUUUCUUCAAGAUGCUUGUGUUUGGAAGCACGGACCCGGAGGAGCACCCAAUGUUAACAUCCAUAGCCAUGGAGCUUGCCCUCGAGAUGUGCGGAUCUUUCAUCCAUGCAUAUCUUGUGGCGGCCUUACUGAGAGAAAAUCUCAGUGCCCAGUUCUGGCGCAGGGUUCUCAGAAACUUUAGGAAGUACAUGCAGAAGAACGCAUUGUUGUCUGGUGAUUAUAUUGACGAGGAUAAGUCUCGGUAUGUUUGGAGCAUUGCUAAAACUCGGCGAGUUUCUGAGGAUCUUAAUUUCUGUGUGCUACAUGAUAGUUACCAAAAUGGGCCUGCUGCUCAUACAGUCUCACUACAGGUGAGGGCGGUCGACCUCCUAUCUGGGAGCGCCGCCGAGCCGCGGGGCAGGUCUGAGGUGCUGUUCUGGAGGUCCCUCGUACCACCGUACUACAGGUACAUGUAUGUGUGCGAGUGCAAGUUUGUGCGGCACAAGAACAAGAACAACCCGAUUGAAAUGGAGCCAUAG